CGUCAUGCUACUGUGCGUGCUCCCAACGAUUUUGAUAGAGGCUAAUUCCAUGAGCCCUGCAUUGGGUAGUAUGCUUCAAAGCUUCAUGGUUCCAAGCCCGUUGGUGACGACGAGGACCAUGACAGAUGCGGCUUUCACCGAAGAGCCAUGGCCUCCAUACCGGUGAGUCCUGAGGAUAAGUAUCCUGCAGCAGCCCGCGCAUUUUAUAGCUUCAAUCCAACAAUAAGCUUUUCUCUUGGUGCUUGUCAAGAUUGUUUCUAUCUGCCACGGUGGUGCAAUCUUCUGGCCAUCCUCCGCCGUAUCUUCUCGUACCAUCUGCCAACCCUUACCCCUCCAGCACCAGCACAAUGGUUGCCCCUGUGUGCCUAGACCCCCGUGACCCCGACGCCCAAUGGCCCUACUGUCCCUCCUACGCCGGCGCAAUCACGUUCACCGCCCUCUUCGGAGCCGUCACCCUCGCCCACUACAUCCAAGCCUUCAGCUACCGUAAGCGAUUCUGCUGGGUAGUAUGCAUGGCCUCGACCUGGGAAACCCUUGGCUUUGCCUUCCGCAUUAUGGGGGCGCGCAACCCGCGCGCCUCGGGCUGGCCCGUCGCCUCGCAGAUGCUCGUUCUCCUCGCGCCGCUCUGGGUCAACGCCUUCGUCUACAUGGUAGUCGGCCGCAUCGUCUACUUCUGGCUGCCGGAUAAGCGCAUCUGGGGAAUCCGCGCCACGUCGCUGACACGCUGGUUCGUCUGGUUCGAUGUCAUCAUCUUUCUCAUCCAGGCCGCCGGCGGUAUGAUGUUGUCUGGCACUGAUGUCUCGGCGAGUCAGACUAAGAUUGGGCUGGAUAUCUAUAUGAGCGGUAUCGGAGUCCAGCAGGGCGUCCUCCUCGCGUUUAUCGGCCUCAUGAUUACCUUCCACGUUCGCGCCCUCCGCGAAGGCAGAACCCACGCUACCCGCUGGCAACCCCUAGUCUACACCCUUUACGGCGCUCUGAUCCUUAUCUCCAUCCGCAUCAUCUUCCGCCUCGUCGAGUUUUCCUCCGGCAUCUACGGCCCCAUCCCAACACAUGAAUCAUACUUCUACGGCCUCGAAGCAACCCCUAUGUUCCUUGCCCUCUUCUCUCUCGCCGCCAUCCACCCCGGUCGCUACUUGCGCGGGCCCGGCUCCGAGUUCGCGAAGCCGAUUGUUACGAAGGGGGCGAGGAGGUGGUGGUGUUGUGGACGUCGCAAGCGCACGCGCGUGCAGCCCGAUUAUGAUACUCCCAAGACGGGAGGGCAGGGGCAGAGUGACAGCGAGUUUGGCAGGGGGGAGAGGACGAGUGAUGUGCCGUUGACUGCGAGGAGUGAGGGGGUGUAUGAGGGGAGUUAUAAGGCGCCGAGGGGUGAUGGCGUGUACGACAGGCACGAUGACAGGAUGAGCGAUGUGCCAAAGACGGCGCAGUUUCCGUAUCGGGAGAGGGUAUGAGAGUUGUGGAUGAUGGAUGAUGGGUGUGUUGAAUGGGAGUGCGAGAUAAUAGAUGGGUAUAAUAAUUUAGAAGUGGGUGUGGUUUUGGGAAAUAUAUAAAGAUCUCUUUUGUUUUAGCGUUGGAAUCUACCUGGCGAAGGCGUUUGGCACAUGGAAAUAUAAUCAUAGUUAGAUGUUGGCAAUAUACGUAAUACCUAC